GUGACGCGCAGAGGAGGACAGGAUGAAUAUUUGAGUCUCUGUCUGCCCUGUGUUCUGAGGACAUUGUCUGUUUGUAAACCAUUUCCCGUACAGAAGCGGACUAUCAGUACAGUUUAUGUCUGAAAGUUCCAUGGAGUGGACUUUCGGAUUCUGUUGUUUCGGGAAGAGAAGAAACUGAUCGUCGAACUAUGGAAUGAUUGGAAAGGACACUUUCUCUGCUCUGGAAGUCGACAUUAAAUAUUUACCACUCAGCCGGGAUACAGAAUCUUCCUGUAACCAUGAGCCCACGUUUUCGUAGCUUAAUCUAAUGAACUACAUUAAACUGUAUGUGGACUUUACGCGUUGUUUGGGAGCCGGUAGGCUAUAUUUUAGUUGGAUGCGGUCAGAUUUGUCAGGAAAGACUGAAAUCAAUAUUUAAAGGGUUGAGCGAUAAAAUAUUAAAAGGAUCUGUGACACUGAGGAUGUGCGCUAUGAAAUAUGUAUAUGGAUUUGCCAAAUGUUUGUGACCCUGUGACCUACUAACGUUCAUAUCUCACUUUUAAACCCAUACGUGCUUUCGUUAUCAGAGUUUAACAACAGCACGACGUGAUAUCUGAAUUCAUCUUUUGAACUAUGUCACAGUCGUUAAUUCGGAACAAACAGAAAUAAUAUAUUUUUGGUAGGGGGCCACCCAGACUUUGUGGCUAGGAUUGGUGUUAGAAGUCCUGUCUGGUGUUCAUUUUCACUGAUGCCCUCCCGAUGAGCGCCAUCUGACAAGCUAUAAUUUCUCCAUUUAUUAUCAGCCUGUAAAACAAGAACAAAGCUCCCCACCCCGCUCCGCAUGUAUGGUGCUGUGGUAUUUGCUAUUUAUUUGUUUAGAAGGGAGUGGGUGCUCCUACAGUAAUCUCUGCCCCGUUUUGCCUCUCUUUCUUCUUCUGUAAAGUUCAUUAACAUCAGCAGAGACGCGUUGUAGGGGUUAAUGUAUAGCGCCGUGUUGGGGCGCGUCAGGGCGCACACAGUGGACUAGUUGUGUGGCUCACUCCCGCAGAGGCGAUGCCCUUUUGUGGAGAGGUCUCUUGUCACACAGAGGACAGACGGCAUUCACAGCUGGGACUCAGGGACACAAAGAAAAAAACUGCAUUUUAAAAGGCUCCAUUCUUCCCCCGCUACCGCUGGGUGUUGACUGUGGGUGUUAGAGAGGAUCUUUGUUGCCCGGAGCGAAAGUAGAGAAGAAGAAGAAUACGCGCCGUGAACGGGUUGGGGGAAAUUUAUGCUCAGGGUUACAACAGUGCAGCCGAUGCUGUCAACCACACCUCUGACUGUUUCAAGGAGGGACUGGUCUCGUUUUGGAUAACUUUUACGCAUUGCUUUACGCGCUGAUCUUACGAGCAGUGACUGAACAGGACUCUGUUAUAAUGGACUUGCUCUCUACAGUACCUGCGGGAUAGCGCUUUUGGGUCGGAUAAGGAACUUAAAAAGAAGUCACUUUGUGGAUAUCUGCGUAAAGGAUGCCAGUUGAUACACUUGCAAACAUGGAGGAAAAAUUGUGGAUAUUGGAGGACCUCAAUAUGAUGUACAUACGUCAGAUUGCACUCAGUUUACAGGACAGCGACAUCCAGAAGAAGAUCGACCAUGAGAUCCGGAUGCGCGACGGGGCCUGCAAGCUGCUGGCGGCCUGCUCCCAGAAAGAUCAGACAUUGGAGGCGGCGAAGAGCCUUCAGACCUGCAGCACUCGAAUCAUGGCCUACAUGUCAGAACUGCAGAGGAUGAAGGAGGCGCAGGUCAUGCAGAAAGUCCCCCGGAGGUCAUCGGAUGCAGGGCCGAUGGAUGACAGACUCCCGUGCAAAGGAAAAGUGGCCAUAUCAGAUCUUCGGAUCCCUCUCAUGUGGAAAGACACGGAGUACUUCAAGAACAAAGGCGAGCUUCAUAGAUGUGCGGUGUUCUGCCUGCUGCAGCUUGGGGGAGAGAUCUUUGACACAGAAAUGGUGAUCGUGGACCGGACGCUCACAGAUAUUUGUUUUGACAACACCAUAGUAUUUAAUGAAGCCAGUCCAGGUUUUGACCUGCGUGUUGAGCUGUACAGCUGCUGCUCGGAGGACGACUACUCAGCAGGGAGCACGCCGAGGAAACUAGCCAGUAAACUGAGCUCCUCACUGGGGCGAUCGGCCGGAAAGAAGUUAAGGGCGGCCAUGGAGCCAGGACCUUGUAGUCCUGUUAGUAAUGGAGGGGCAACUCCUCUCCUGCUGCCUGUUCCCUCUGUACCCGGCCCCAAGUACCACCUCUUAGCUCAUACCACACUGUCACUGUCACAUGCCCAGGACAGCUUUCGCACUCACGACCUCACCAUCUCAGGCAAUGAGGAGUGUUCCUAUUGGCUGCCUCUCUAUGGCAGUAUGUGUUGCCGCCUGGCAGCUCAGCCACACUGUAUGACCCAACAGAUGAUGAGUGGAUGUUUGAAAGUGAAGCAGUUGGGAGGCGACCCUCAGAGUUGGACAAAAGUGUACGCCGUCCUAAAAGGAACAAGCCUUUUCUGCUACCACCAGCAAGAAGAUGUGGAGGCAAAUGUAGAGCCGGCUUGCACCAUUGCCAUAAACAAGGAGACCAGAAUACGUGCAUCAGAGAAGGACCCUCACAGUAAAGUUCAGAAUAUCUGUAUCAGUAACCAUUACGGGGGUGAGGAGGUCACACACACUCUCACCACAGACAGCCGUGAGGACACACACCGGUGGAUGGAGGCCUUUUGGCAACAUUUCUAUGACAUGAGCCAAUGGAAGCAGUGCUGUGAUGACUUAAUGAAAAUUGAACUGCCAUCCCCGAGGAAACCGGCUCCUCUCACACCGAAACAAGGCUCACUCUAUCAUGAAAUGGUUAUUGAGUCAUCUGAUGACCUCAGCAGCACUGUCUCAGACAUCCUGGCUCGGAGGAUGCAGGAGCUGGAAUUGCGCAGCCAGCUGGGCACCUCCCCAACCUGGAUGUCUGUGUUUGAGGAGAGCAACACUAAGAGCGCUGGCCCACCCCGUCCCUGUACCUCACACCUCUCUGGCUACAGCCCCUGCUCCCCUCAUCGCCUGCCCCGCAGCCCCUGCUCCCCCCAUCGCUGCCCACAGCUGUCUCUGCUGUCCUCGGAUGCAAGCCUAACCGACAGCGAGAGCCUCUGCAGCACAAGUCCCUGCUCCCAGCACCGCGGCUGGCCCCAGCAAACCUCAAACUUCUCCCUCCUAUCAUCGUCCCCCUCCCGUCUGAGGCCUCGCACUCUGUCCCUGGAUGCUAAGCUCAGCACCUUGCGAGGGAGGGGUUACGGAGGAGGUGGGACCUUUCAGUGCCCCUGCCAGCCUCCUCCUUCUUCGCUGCUGAACCCGCUCCCCAUCUCCUCACGUUCUCCUCGGUCACAACGCAUCACGCAGACCACGCUCUCCUGCUCCAGCUCCACCUCCAGCAACAGCUCAAGUAACAGCGAGGGCAGCCACAGCCCUGAGUCCUCAGAGGGAGCACCGUUCUCAAGGCCAUCUCCGGCUCGGCGCAGCCUCCGGUCGCUCAGGGCCCGACUUGAUCCUCGCAACUGGCUCCAAAGUCAAGUGUGAACUUGUCCUGCCUGACCAGACAUUUAACUCCAGCCUUAGGGUAACACUGCUCAUUAAAGCAUGGUUUAACUGGCUUAACACAUGUGAACCAACCUCAGGCUAUCAAGCACAGCCCUGAGGAGGAUAAGCUGCCUCUAACCUGCCUCCUGCUGGAGGUUGGAUCAUUGAAGACCUUCCUGGGGCUAACUGGAAUGUCUUCUGACAGAAAAGACAGGUGACAAUCACUGCAGGAGACACUUUUUAAAAGAUGGUCCAAAACUAAAUGGGAGGUACGCUGCACGCUUUGAAUAAUUAUGGUUAUGCUGCUUUGGAGAAAGCGAUGCUACGAACUAAGGAUAAUCCCAUAACAUAACUUUAGGCCUACUGUCCGUCCUUGGACUCUGAUUCCCAGACUAUAAAACGUUUAUUUUUUCCUCUGCAUCAGCCAUCCUAGCCACUGAGACAAUAUUUUAAGGUCAUCUCUAUUAAUGCACUAGUAAUGUUUCGACUGGUUGUGUUUUAUAACUAAAGGUUUACUGUGCUGUGCUAUGAAAGCCAGUGAGCAUGUGGCAAGAUGGAACAAACGGUAUAAUAAGUCAAGAAAAAUGGGAAGCGUUGUCGUCUGUUGCCUGUACUGUGAUCUACUUCAGUGUACGUUUCUAAUUAUUUUAAAACAGAUUAUGUUUGUGGUUUAACUGAAAUUACUAUGCACACACUUUUGUUUUGUUUUUCUUUGCAUGAUUUGACUUACAGUUAAAAUGUUGAACUGCUUGAGAUCAUUUCAGCAAUGAAUCUGGUGAAAGCUUCACUUUAUGCAAGUGCUCAUACAUACUGUAAUGGUUAUUACUGUGAUCUCUUCAGGGUAAAAAAAAAAAUCUGUGUUUUGGUCUUAAUCUUUACACAUUUAUCUGCAGGGUUUGAACAGGCCUCUGUCCACCUGGUUAAAAAAGAUAUAGAACAAAGUGCAGAAUAAGUUGGAAUUAACAAAGUCGUGAUUGCUAAUUUAAAAAAGUUACACUUCUAAUUCUGUCACAUUGCCUCUCUGCAACGAUGUUGAAAAUCAAGCACAAGUCAUUUGAAACAGUAAAUAUGGAGCACAGAAGCGUCUUAAAAUGACUCUGUGGUGGCUGAUUUCUGGUCAUCUUUCUAUAAGAUUAACUUUCAACCAUAGUCAACGAUAAGUAAUAAUAUAAAGAUCAACUAUAAAAAUUGUUGUUGCGUAAAAUCAAAUAUUGUAGGAGAGUUGGUAUCCCUGUCAGAGCAGUAAAAACUAGAGCCCGACCGAUUAAUCAGCCAGCCGAUAAUAUCGGCCGAUAUUAGCAUAUCCAGUGACUAUCGGCAUCGACUAAUUUUAUCACAGUUAUGUGCCGUUAUUACUAGAUUUAUUCACCAGUCCAAUAACAUUUCAUUUGAGUAUCAUUGUAUUUCAGUAGCAGUUCUCUGUCACCAGCAGAGGGCGCUAUAUGGAUUACAACAUGCAUUAUCAUCCUCCAGAGUGUAAAGCCGUGAUGAACGUACAUGCGCAGUUACUUUCCAAUUGAGUGAUUAUCUUGUCUUCAUUAUAAAUAUUUUCCACAAGUGUUUGAUAACUGCAUUUGAGGGAUCAACAUAAUAAAAAUGUAUCUAUAUCUAUCUCUACAGAUCAAACAUAGAUCAAAGAACUAUAUCGCCGGAUAUAUCGGUAUCUGAUGUAUUUUCUCCCCAAUAUCGAUAUUGUCCCAAAUAAAUCUUAUCGGUCGGGCCCUAGUAAAAAGUUCUUCUUCUGUGUUUUUUUGUUUACUGUGGAUUUAAUUUGGAAAGUUUCCCUUUUGAAGCUCUCAGAUCUCUUUUUUACUAGGAAUUAAAAACUGUCAAAUGUUUGAAAAACAGCAUUUUUACUGUAAAAUUAAUUUUUAUAAGUUAACAAAAACACCUCUUCUCCAUGUCUUUUGUUACAUUCUUGAUUUUGUUGUAUAUGCAGCUAUAUUGAUACCAGAUUGUUAACAGAUGAUGUGUACAUCUUUAACUGUUACCAAUAGAAAACAUGUCAUGUUAUAACCUUGGAAGAGUGCCCGAUGCUAAAGCAGACUUUGUGUGUUCUGCAUGUGCACCGUCCCAGAAAAGGAACACAAAUGAAAAAAAAUCUUGUGUACAAAUAAUAUAACAUAAAUUCUAAUAAAUGUUUUAUCAUUGAAAA